GACGGAUAGAAUCAUCGGGCCAGAAGAGAGCCCUGGGCCAUCACGUAUGGCACAAUUGGUUGUGGAGUUAAAUCAACGCGUUAACCAACAUGAGGCGCGCAUAUUGGAACUGGAGAAACAGUCGCGAGGAAUUCAUCAUCAAGAGUCAAGGUAUCAAUUACACUAAACAUGCUAGCUGCAUAGAUUUAAUACUAAAAUUUUCUGCAAGCAUGGCGCUUAGUUAUGAAACAGCUUCGCCAAAUGAGGUGCAAAACAUACACAAAGAGAAAGGCCAUCGCAAUGGGGUCUCGCCAGGCCAAACUAUUGUAUCGCAUUCCCCCGGCUUCAGCAUGGAUGGAAUUGACUUGGGGCCUCCAAUUGCUACAUUGAGGUCUCUAGGCGCAUUGUCAAAGGAUGAACCAAAUUCCAACUCAAAUUUACAGACGGCGCGAACAAAACAAGCACCGUAUAACAGUAUUUAUGAUCCGGUGUCUCGGGGAGUGCUGACAAUUCACGAGGCGCAACGCGCAAUUUCAAUCUUUUUCGAUAAUUGUCAUUUAAUGGCCCCUGUACUGAACGAAAGUCUGCGUGCUUCCUGGCAUGGUCUUCGUCUCUCCGCCCCAAUGCUAUUUCUAGCAAUAAUUUCAGUUGGGACGAGGUUUUGGAAUGCUGGCUAUGAAGAAUACAGAGCUGGUCAUAGUGUCCAUCCCCGAUUUUCUGAACUCACCUCUCUGCUCGACCAAGCCGUUUCACGUCUUCUUCUCCGCCCCAACCCGUCCGAUGUCACCCUUAAUUCUAUACGAAUGCUUCUUUUAUAUGCACAAUGGAUGCCCUGCAAUUCGGACGACGAAGACGAUCCAUCGCCUAAAACCACAGCCGCAAUGCCUAAAGGGCUCAAGAGCCGAUACAACGAGAUAAGCGCCUGGGCCGUUCUCGGACUAGCCCUUCGAUACGCAUUAUUUCUUGGUCUUGAUAAAUCGGCUGUAGCCCCUUUUCAAGGCCCUGUCAAGCCUGUCUCUGACGAAGACAUUUCUUGUCUUCGUGUUUGGUACAACUUAUUGACUUGUGACUUUAACCUCAUGCUUACAUCCGGUCUACCUGCGUCACUUGAUCCGUCAUUAUCUGCACAGGUAGCUAGGAGAUUUAGCUCUAGUCGGCAUACACAGCAACCAGGAGAUCUUCGCGUCGCAGGUCUCGUUGAGCUGGUAGCAGUCGUCCAUCGUGCCAUGCGAAGUUGUGGUGAUGUAUCGGGGCGGCAGCUAGACUCAUAUUGUUUGCGAAAGUUGAAUACUGAGCUAGAGGAUUGGGAAAGAACUUGGCUUGUCCGCCUACGGCAUACCGAAUCGCAACACAAUCAACUUCCAUUCAACUCUGUAAGGUGGUACCGUCUGUCCCUCAACAGUGCUAGAUUAGGCCCAUUGCUAUCCUCAAUCUGUCAAUCUUCUCAGCAGCCACUGCAGGUCUCAUUACUCCACUCCUUUGAGAUCAGCCUAACAUCUGCAGCACAAAUCCUAAUUUCUUUAUCAAUUGACGGAGCAGAAUCUGUAUGGAGGAUUGAAUCUCAAAACAGAGCAACCUUUCCUGAAGGGCCAUUCCAAGUAGACCGCGCUGCUGUGGGCCGUUUACACUACGCCGUUGAUUCAGCGUGGAUAUCGCAUACAUUUGCCGUUACAUUUCUAGUACUUUGCUACAUUAGAGGGGCAGUAGAUGAAAAUCUCCAAAUUCGCAGUCUCAACCCAAAUUCACCUAUCAAUUCGACAUUAAUCCCACCCCACUCAAGCUCUAUAAUUGCUCGUCUUCUUCGCCUUGCGCUAGAAAUUUUUGAUGGUGUUUGUCCAACAGCAACAUUCCAUCCGGCACGCGACUUCCAAGCCAUUGUCCACGACGCCACAUCUCUUGUACUCGCUCCAGCCAAUUUCGAUAUCCUAGAGGGACAGGAGCCAGAUGAGCUGGCUCUGCAGUCUUUACUUGAUUUGAUGAAUGAUGCUGGCUUGGAAUGGCCGGGGAAUAUACUGGAGACAUCUGGAGACUUUACCAGUGGGUUCGAACCUGGAGCGAUGUUCUAAACGCGAAAAUUGGCCAUAUAGUGAAACUCAAUGAGGAGAAAUACGACAACCCUAAUAGUCAAAGCUAAUCGUUGUAAAAAGAAUUCUGAGUUAUAGCCGCGAAGCUUAUUGACAAGGCGAG